ACUCAUCCCCCCAUACAAAACCUCCUCCUCCCACUUACCACAAAACUCCCCAAAAUGGCAUAUUUGCAACCAAAACUCUUAGGAAAAUUUAGUAUUUUCCUUCUCCUUUGCAUAGUCCAAACUUCAUUCUCUUCUUCUUCCCAUCAACAUUUGUCCUCUAGACACCUUUUGACAACUACCCCAAGCAACAUAAUCAAACAAUACCUUAACCCCCACAACAAAGCUAGAGCAAAACUUGGACUUCCACCACUCAAAUGGAGCAAUAAAUUAGCAAAUUACGCAAGCUGGUGGGGACACCAACGACAGGUGAGUUGUGAGUUGGUUCAUUCCCGUGGCGACUACGGGGAGAACCUCUUUUGGGGGAGCGGAAAGGAUUGGAAGCCAAGCGAUGCUGUGACGAUGUGGGCGAAAGAAAGACCUUAUUAUGAUUAUAAGAGCAAUUCUUGCAAGAAAAAUGAGCAAUGCUUGCAUUAUACACAAAUUAUUUGGAAACAAAGCACAAGAGUUGGGUGUGCAAAAGUUUUAUGCAAAACAGGAGAUACUUUGAUUAGUUGCAACUAUGAUCCUCAUGGUAAUGUAGAAGGAGAAAAGCCCUUUUAACACAACAUUUAGAAUCUCAUUCAACGAUUGUUGGGUUUGUGUUGAGAAAUGUACAUAAUAAUGUGAAUUGGGAAAUGUGGGGAAUUAGGUGAAACGCCCUCAUUGGUAGAAUUGAGGAGAAGUUUACGCUGCAACAAAAAUAACUUUUGGCAAUAUUAAAUAUUGACAUUAAUAAAGAGUGUUAAAGUCUUUAUGGACAUUAGUUUAGUGUCAUUAGAACCAAUGUCGCUAAAGGCUUUAGGGAUAUAUACAAAGGUGUUGCGGCUAGGGGCGGAGCCACCUUGGUACAAGGGGGUUCAUCCCUUCGAUGGAAAAUUAUACUAUAUAUAUAUAUGGUUAAAAUAAUAUUUUAUGUAUAUAUAGUAGAUGUCAAACCCCCUUCAGCUACUACAUGUGUCUAUUACUAUGAAUUUUAAACUUCCUUAUUUUAAAUUCUGGCUCCGCCACUGGUAGCAACAAUUAAAUUUUUACAAAUGUGCUAUAUGUACGAAUGAGUUUGUUGAGGUAA